UCUAAGCCGAGGCGGACCUGCCUUCUUUUCCUAACUUGUUUUCUUAAAUCAGUAGUUCAUCGCCAGAAUAAACCCAAACAGCUGCUGUUCUCUUAUGGUGCUGAUCCAGACUUUCUUUAUCCAAAAAAAACAGGCUUUAUGUUCCUCUCCUAUGGAUGCCUACCACAGGCUGUCAGUACUGUCACACAGAGGGUCCAAACCUCUGGGGAAGGUGAAGCAGCGAGUUCAGGACCUUCGGAUCCCCUCAUCCUCUAAUUGGGAUUAUGAAGCCAGCGGACCGAGGUUGGACCUGAGUCACAAUGAAAGCGCUCGAUUUGCAGCAGACUCUCUGCUCAGCCAGGGUUUGGAGGGCUAUCUCCAAGCGUUGAAGGCAGAGGGAGAGGUGGAUUUUCUGUCAGAGCUGGAGAAGGAUUACAUCCUACAAAAUGGAAGCUACUCCAUCACAGAUAACUCAGGGUCUGAAAGCCUGUUUGCUGAUUGCCAGUCCUGCUCCUGCUGCCCUGCAGUUUCAACACACAUCGACUCCACUGUUGAGUGUUCGGAGCACAAAACCAGUGAAGAUGUGAAAUCAGCUCCUUUGUUGCACGAUCUCAGCACUGAGGUUUUUUUCCAGACUGACAGCAGUGCAGCUGGCAUGAAAGAUCUGGUCAGACAGUUCCUCAGGAAGGCUAAACUGGCCCUAGUUGUGGUGAUGGACAAAUUCAGUGAUCCAGAGCUGCUGUGUGAUCUUCUUGAGGCGAGCAGGAAGAGGAAGGUGUCUGUUCAUCUGCUGCUGGAUGAUCUUAACCUGAAGCUGUUUGUUGACAUGUGGCAAGAUCUCAAACUCAUUGGCAAAAACUUCCCUAAAGUGUCGGUGGGAAGCAUACCGGGUCAGACCUACUGUGCAAAGACAGGCAAGAAGCUGACGGGUCAGAUUGCAGAGAGUUUCAUCAUCGCUGACAGGCAGGAGGUGCUAACUGGUACAUACAGUUUCACAUGGCUGUCUGGACAGGUCGAUCGGAGUAUGCUUGUUCUCAUCAAAGGCAGCUCGGUCUCACAUUUCCAUCAGGAGUUCCUCAGACUUAAAUCCAGCUCCAAGCCGGUCCCUGGCUUUAACACCUUCAUCCCUCUCCAGAGUCUGUUUCUCUUUACUCAAAGUCACAUAAACUUCAAACAGUGCAUCCAUGGACACAUGGGGAGAUUGAUCUGUGGUAUACUGAGGGGGAUAAGAAAUUAAAUACAGAUGGAAGAGCUGAUCAGGUCCUCUCAGAUCUUCAUUCUCAGCUUCAAAGCAAUGCUGCCAACACCACAGCUGAGAGGCAUGUGGAAGUCCAUGAGGACCACUCUCUGAUUGCUAUGUCCACAACACAGACGCAUUUAAGGAAGAUUCAUAAUCAGUCAAGUUUAAACAAGAAAAAUUGUCUUUCAUACCCAGAUGGGGGCACUGAUGGAGUUUUCUCUCACCAAAGGAACACAAACAGGUUGCCAGAAGCUGCAGAUUUCACCCCAGAUUCCCAGCAAAUGGCACCAAAGACCAGCCGUCAGACUCCUUCCAAACCGCACUUGUCCAAGCUUCAUACCAACACCUUUUUCGGGGAAACCAGCAAGCAGGAUGAGUUCAUCAAACAGCAUCAGGGUCCUCUAAGCUCACUGUCCUACGCAGUGUCACCGUGUUUAAAACCAGCCCCUGCAGAAAUGAAAACUUCUCUGAGUCCUGGGCAUCAGGCAGAACCCAGAAUAUUCCUGUCAGAUGUACGACCCAGGAUGAAUCUCCACCCUGUCUUAUCCCAGCAAGUAAACCUUACACAGAGAAAGCACUGGAGCCCACAGCAAGCUGCAGGACCCAGAGCAAUGGCUCGCUAUAAUUCCUUCAGUGGGACACAUGUGAUGACGGGGCAGGCAGGGUGGAGGCCUCUCCAGAACGACAGGAACACAUCACUGGGAAGAAGCUUAAGCAUGAUGGAGAGAUUCACCGCAGGCUAUAGAGGAGCAGGACUUCACCCAAACUGGAUAUAAUAACAUAAACUGUUUUAAGACAAAUCUCCACAUUGUAAAAACAAGGAUUAAACAGAACCCCUAAAAAGGCUUUCCAAACAUUUCUAACAGAUAGUUUUACUAUGUCAUAGACCAACAAAAAGUGAUAUAAAAACCUGAAAUAUGAGGAUUGAUAUUGAUCUUAAAUGUAAAAAGGUCUUGGAGGUUUACUGGAGAACAUUAGUAAACAGCAUCAUGAAGCCCAGGAACCACAGCACACUGGUCAAGGACAAAUUUAUGGAGAAUUUUAAAGCAAGGCUUGGUUAUAAAACAGGAUGAAAGGACUGCAAACCUGCAAUAACCGGCCUGUCUUCUAAACAUGGCUGUCCAGGUAAGGAGAGCAUUGAAGGAAAGAAUACCAGAGCCUCAUAGAGGAGAUGCAGAGAUCCCCAGCUCAGGUGGGAGGUCUGGUAGCUAUGAUUAAAACACAGUUUCUGGAUGAAUGACAGGAAUGAAGGCACAGAAAGUUCAAAUCUAUAUUUAAAAGAAGUAAUACCAGCUACUUAAGGCAUGAAGCUGCUUUCAGACUGAAGAUAUUUUUCACAGCCCAUUUUCACAUCUUGUGAAAGAUGUGUUUCUCUUUUAUGACACUGAACUAUCUUUAUGGUUUAUGUUAUACAUGACUUGGUAUUGUUAAUUUUUAUAUGUAAGUUAUUUAGAAGACCUCUCUUGUAUUGCAGCAUUGUAUAAUGUUGUAUAAUGUGUAAUAUAAUACU